AUGGUUGAUCGCAAUGGAUCUAAUGACGUGACGACUCUUGAGCAGCAUCUCGAUAUUGCGCCUUGGGCUAUUGAGGAGAACGAGGAGCUUCCUCACUAUUAUUCGUUCUUCUACAACGCCGUGUCAUAUGGAAGCCUCGAUGCACUUAGAACCCUCCUUUACUACUACGAAAAGGUAAUGGGACCAAGCCAAAGAAUCAGCUUUCGAAAACGCGGUUUCACCUUGCUCAACGAAGCUGCUAGACGCGGCUAUCUGGGUGCCUGUCCUACAGACGUGGUUUUAUGGGCUAACCAAUACUCAUUCUGGAAACCCGAAACGGUUCUAUCCAUGGCAUCUGAGUGGGCGGGGGCAGGGAUGAUAGGGAGGCUCAUUGGCAGUGGCGCAGACGUCCAUGCUCGGUUCACGAAAGACUCGCCUCAACUACGACUGGGCGACGAACCAGACCACAUCGUCGACAACGUUACUGCAAUUCACAUGGCCUCGUUUCGUGGUAAUUCCGUGGCUCUCGAGAGUCUACUUGCGCACCAUGGGGACGCAACGAGUGCCCUAGAAAUGAUAUCCUCGUGUGAUAGUCGGGGGAGCACCCCUCUUCACUGGGCUACACGGAACAACCUAUGCGGCCCUUUAGACGAAAAGGCACAAAAUAUGAAAACAACUAUUGAUCUUAUUUUGGAUAUAGACCCUGCGAUAGUCAAUAGUCAAGAUAUUGAAGGGAACACGGCCUUGCACUAUGCUGCUUUCUACUUCCCUGGAAAUGGAGGCGUUUUUAUGCCAGUUUUCGAAACCCUUUUCGAAAAGGGUGCAGAUGCAAGCAUACACAACAAUCAAGGAGAAACGCCGCUACAUAAAGUCUUCGCCAUUGCGAAUGGGACAAUCGACAAGCAGAUCUUGUCUCUCCUGCUCGCCCAUGGCGCCGAGAUUAACGAUAUUGAUCAUGCUAGAAAUACCCCUAUACAUAUCGCAGCUAGAAGACUGGAUAACCAUGACGCAAUAGCUUUUCUUAUCGGACAGGGUGCUGAUGCUACUAUUAGCAAUUUGAAAAAUGAAACACCUGUCCAUGUAGCCGCUUCUGGCCGUGUAUUUACUCCAGGUCUGGCGCAGAGGGUUGAGUUACAAAACGGGGUUCUUGCAACUCUGACGAAAGCUGGAGGAAUUGAACUGAUGGACCUGCCGAAUGCAGAGGAAAAGACACCAAGGCAAAUUUGCAAAGCGCACAGGGACAAGUGGAGGGAAGAUGAGGAGAAGGCACGCAUGAUAAAUAAGCGGCUCCUUGCUAGGGCUAUAACUUUUGCAAACGGUGAAGUGUGGCCAUACACCCGCUUCUAUGGCUAUCAUGAUGCUGGCUUCGUCACAAAUCCGUCUCGUCACCCAUCGCCAGAGUCCUUCGGACAGCCUCCUGACUACUUCGUUCAAUGGCUUGGUGACCUUGUAAACAAAAGGGAUAAGUACCAGUUGCAAGGUGUUUUCGAAGACAGUUCCAUCUCGGACAAUGUUACCUCGAUCAAGGAUCUAUCAGGCCAGAUUGCCACGCCACAACAACCUAUCAUUGGCCCGCAAGUCCCAGACCCAGGUCCUGAGAAUGAUCCAGAGAUCGAGGCCAGCCUGCUUUUCAGAAAUCUGAACUAUGAACUAGAACCGGAUUGCCUCCGUAACAUAUCAACUUGGUGGUUCCGAACAUACGAAGGGCACUGUAAUUGGCUAAAGAAAGGUGAAUCGGGCGAAGGCUCAAUUGGAUCGACCAGACCACGCGAUUACCAACAGUACUCGUAUGUCGAUGGUAUAUCCAAGCCACGAGAAGGUCCCAACCCACGAGCUGUUAGCAAUGCAUUCUUUAAAAGGAAAAAGAAGAUUUAUUAUGAUCAUACGCCACUCCUUCUGGGCCUCAUCGAGUUCAUUAUGCAUGACGUUACAUAUAGCAAAGACUCUAUUGAUGAAUUUAUUGAAGUACCUAUGCCAGACGAUGAAGAGAUAUUCUCCCUCAACACCACACUCAAGGUUCCAAGAACAGCGUCAAUGCUUGGGACGGGCACGUCAAGAAGCAACCCUCGGGAAAACGUAAACAUGGCGACAACAUGGCUUGACAUAUCGUCUUUAUAUGGAAGCUCUUCCGAUGUAGCACACCGACUACGAUCCAAAGUUGAUGGUAAACUUCUUACCCAAGAAGUCCAACCCACUGGCACUAGAUCAAAAGCCUCUUACCUUCCCUUCAACACCAUGGGCAUACCAACCAACACGCGUCCUGGUGUAGAACCUGAAGAAAUAUUUGCUGGUGGUGAUCCCCGUACUAACGAGGACUGGCUGCUGCUUGGAAUCCACACCCUGCUACUACGAGAACAUAACAGGCUCUGCGACAUUCUGAGGAAGCAAAAGCCGACCUGGGACGAUGAACAGCUCUAUCAGACUGUGCGACUCAUCAUGUCCGCAAAACAUGCAUUAAUCGCCAACGCGUACCAAAUGGCCUACUGGACGGAGGAUAUGCCAUGGCCAAGAGAUGACGGGUUUCCACUGUACCGCCAGAUGUUUGGUGAGAACGCAUUGGAGAUAAACCCUGCUCACACGUAUCCUUGGCCGCUUGUCACUAAAAAUGGAAAGCCAAUGACGGUCUCUGCAGAGAUGGCCGUCGUCUAUCGCUUUCAUGAGUUCAUAGUUCCAAGUUUCCCAAUCAAGGGCCAGAAUAAUAAGACGCUAUGGGAGCAGAAUCUGUUUGAUACGAGCUUCAAUAGCACCGGGUUUCUCAACGUUGGGCUGGAGAGGAUUCUUGCUGGCGCUCUUUCGUCGCAUAUUCCAAACUUCAAGUCUGGAGUAGACGAGAGUUUCAGAAGCGCUGGACUCUAUCGCGGGCGCCCCUUCGAUAUUGUCGUUUCAAGCAUCGUGCAUGAACGAGAGCAAGGGCUGCCGACUUUCAAUCAAUAUUUCCGUGCCUACAACGAUCAGGAUCCAGAGGUCGUUGUUCCGAUCCGUGACACCUGGGAUCAAUUUUCCAGCGAUCCUGAAGUCAUCCAAAAUUUGGAGAAGCUCUACAAGCACCCGGAUGAUGUUGACCUCGUCGUGGGCUGCCAGCUAGACGAGGAAUGGUUCCCGGGCACCACUGUUCCCAAGUCGGCUCUUAUCAUCAGUCUCUUCAGUCUCUUCGGCAUGGGGAACUCCGACCGUUUCUCUAUCGGCUUUGCUAUGAUGCGCUGUCUUCUCGUGGAUCGCCCCUGGGAUUGCCAUCCGAGCAACGCGUUGGAAGACUUGAUAUGGGAGCGAAAACCCGUACCUGGCUUUCCCAACUUUAGGUUUUAUAGUGACUUUUGGGUCAAGGAACUGGAUUUGCCAGCUCAUGGUACAAAUCUUCUAUGGCGUUUGAUAGCAGAAAAUUCGGAGAUCAAUUGCGUUCAGAAAUCGCCUUUGUUUCCGCCUGACAAGGAUACCAACCCGAUUCUCUGUUCAAAGGAAGCAGGCAAAGCUUCAUCAUUGGCCGUCCUGUUUAGCUUCUUCCAGAUUGCUCUGUCGCUGUUAAAACAAGGCCCGUAUAGCUUCAUUGCCACAGUCAUUAUCAGUGCGGGGAGUAGCAUGCUAGCAGUCAGGCACUAUUUGGGACGGAAGACUUCGGUGAGACGCAAAGCUUAA